AUGGCCGACGCAGAGCUGGAAGAGAUCAGAAGAGCCCGUCUGGCACAGCUUCAGCAGCAGCAGGGAGGCGGACCACGAGGUAGUGCUGUUCCAGACGGCCAGGAUGAUCAGAGGAAACAAGCAGAAGCCGAACGUCGCUCUGCGAUUCUGAACCAGAUCCUCGAACCCGAAGCUGCCGACCGCCUGGGCCGCAUUCGCCUCGUGAAAGAGUCGCGCGCCGUCGACAUUGAGAACCGGCUGCUCAUGUUGGCACAGACAGGCCAAUUGCGACAAAAGGUUUCGGAGGAUCAACUCAAGCAGCUCCUGAAUGCUGUGGCUGAGAACCAGCGCAAGGAUGAGGAAGAGCAUAAGGUUGUAUUCAGUCGGCGUAAGGGAGGCUGGGAUGACGAUGAUGAUUUGUUGGAUUUGUGA